AUGGCUCAGGACGGUUCAGUGUUUCAGCCUUUCGAUUGGAUGCUAACGGAUGAUUGCUCUAGAGGAUUUGUAUUUGGAGUCGAAGACGACGAUCUUAUGAUCGACGUUGAGUCAAUUUAUCGGAUUCUCGAUGAGGAGUCUGAUUCUACUGAGGUUAAGCAAGAAAAUAUGACUCGAGUUGGUUCAUCUGUUGCUGAGUCUGGCGAGCUUAGGAACACACUGAUGGAAAAUGGAUCUCAGGCCACUGGUUUGUUUCCUUAUCGGGAUUCUUAUGGCUCUAGAGCCUCACAAACAGAACUACCAGUGCCAAGUUCAUUUGAUGACCCUGGGAAUGGAGGAUUAGGACCAAAUGCAACUUGUUUCUCUGAUUACCGUAGCAAUGUGGUCUCUUAUGCUGUGAAAUGUGAAUCUGGCACUGUAUCCAACCUGGAUGAAACGAUGUUCGAUUCCAAAUUAACGCCUUGCAGCCCCACUAUGGUGGGUCAAUAUUUCAAUACUAUGCCUGGAAAUGGACCAAGAAUUGAAGCCACACAAAAUUCCUCCGUGAUGUCUCAUUUCUCUCAUGAUUCCAGUUCUAUUAUUGGUGGCGCUGAUAUAUGUACCUUUUCUGAACCAUAUGGCCACCAUACAAGCCCCAAUUCCGUCAAUGGUUACACAUUUCAGUUCUUCCCCAAUAAAGAAGAAUUUGUAAAUAACUUUGAGAGCGGGUUUAGCGAGUGUCAGUCGGAUGGUGCAAGCCAUAUGGUUUUUGACAGCCAUGUAAGACUAGAUAAUGGAAACUUAGAGAAAAAUUCGACUCCUGAUGAUGCCAGCAGUGGAAGAGAAUUCAGCAUCAAAUGUGAAAUCUUUCCUUCAGAUUCCUUUGUCAAACCAUACAAUAGUUUUUAUGGUCAUCCAGUUGAUAAGGAGCCUGAGCAGCCUUACAACUGUCCAAGCAUUUUUCAAGAGAAUAGAGCAGUCCAUGUGAAGGUUAAGCCAGAGAUUGAGUUAGAGAACAUGGUUUACAGUUCAGUUCCUGGGAUGGGUAGUAUAUGCAGUGAUGUUCAAACAUUUGCAGGAACGAGACUGCAAUGGUCUGGUGUCUCUAAUUCCGGAGUAUCCUAUCAGAUAGAUGUUGGGAAAGAAUACUCAUUUAUGGAACCCCAGACUGCUUUCCCUGGCCAAGGUAUUGACAGCAGAAGCUUCUAUAAAUGUUUUGAUAUAGAUGACUGUUUCCAACACGUAGCAGAUCCUGAGCCAGAAACAUUAAGCACUGAGUAUUUGGAUUUUCUGGUAGUAGACGAGGACCGUGAAUAUAAUCAACUUAGGAAAGCAGGCUUUAAUAUUUCAAGUGUCAGCUCUGGAACAGUUGAAAUUCUUUCAUCAGAGCGUAUACCCCAGAAAGAUGAUGAUUCUGAUAUCUGUAAAAUAGAAUCUAAGGGUGUAUCAGUUAAUCCACACCUAUCUCUAGCUGUGCAGAGGCCUGUGUUUUCUUCAGAACAUUGCACAGUUAGUCAAACUUUUAAUAAUUGUGGAGGCUUGAAGCUGGAGUCAAACAAGGGAAACAUGAUCUUUCAAGCUGCAUUGCAGGAUCUUUCUCAGCCUAAUUCAGAAGCAAGUCCUCCUGACGGGUUCUUGGCAGUCCCGCUUCUGAGACAUCAGCGGAUUGCAUUGGCAUGGAUGUCUCAGAAGGAGACAAGCGGCGACCCUUGUUUUGGAGGGAUUCUUGCUGAUGAUCAGGGACUUGGAAAGACAGUUUCCACAAUAGCGCUUAUACUGACAGAACGGUCUACACCUUCCCUACCAUGUGAAGAAGAUUUAAAGAAUGGAGGAAGUGAUCAAUUUGAUCACUCCCAAGUGGUUGUCAAUGAAAAUAAAGUCGGUGCGGAUAGUUUAUGCAAAACGAAGGGAAUGCCAGCUGCUGGAACUCUUAUUGUGUGUCCCACUAGUCUUAUAAGACAAUGGGAGGACGAAUUACGCAAGAAGGUUACUCUUGAAGCAAAUCUCUCUGUUCUGGUCUACCAUGGUUGCAGCAGAACAACGGAUCCUCACGAGCUAGCUAAAUAUGACGUUGUCAUUACCACAUAUGCCAUUGUGAACGUGGAAGUACCGAAGCAGCCUCUUUCUGAUAAAGAUGAUAAGAAGGGUGACAUACAUGAUGGUGGAGUUGAAUUUGCUAGUUUUGGGUCAAACAAAAAAGAUCCGCCAAAUACUCAAAAGAGGGGAACAAAGAGGAAACAUGGGGAUUCUGAAUCUGUUGUGGCUCUAUCUGGCCCUGUCGCUGAAGUUUCAUGGUUUAGAGUUGUUCUAGAUGAAGCACAGAGCAUUAAGAAUUACAAAACCCAAGCUGCAAGGGCAUGUUGCGGCCUUCAUGCUAAACGUAGGUGGUGUUUGUCUGGCACUCCUAUCCAGAAUUCAAUUGAUGACCUCUACAGCUACUUCAGAUUUCUUAAGUAUAAUCCUUACUCUACCUUCCAGUCAUUUCGUGACACGGUUAAGAACCCCAUCAUUAGGAACCCGGUGGAAGGAUAUCAGAAGUUGCAGGCUAUCCUGAAAACAAUCUUGCUUAGACGAACCAAAGAUACUCUUCUUGAUGGAAACCCCAUAAUAUCUUUACCUCCGAAGUCCAUUGAGCUGAGGAAAGUAGACUUCACCAAGGAAGAACGUGAUUUCUACUCAAAGCUAGAAUGCGACUCUCGUGAUCAAUUUAAGAAAUUUGCAUAUGCUGAUAUGCAGUUGCAUUGUCAGGAAUAUGCAGAUGCUGGAACGGUGAAGCAAAAUUAUGUAAAUAUUUUGUUGAUGCUGUUGCGGCUUCGUCAAGCUUGUGGUCAUCCUCUUCUUGUUUCCAGUUCCUCAUUAAUAUCCUCAGUUGAAGUGGCUAAGAAACUUCCAUAUGAGAAACAAACCUUUCUUCGGAAUUGCUUAGAAGCUUCAUUGGCAAAAUGUGGUAUUUGCAAUGGUGCACCUGAAGAUGCUGUUGUUUCGGUCUGUGGUCACGUUUUCUGUAAGCAUUGCAUUUGCGAAUGCCUUACUGGCGAUAAUAAUCAAUGCCCGCUGUCAAACUGCAAAGUCGGACUUGGAAUUUCAUCAUUAUUUUCCAAAGAGACAUUAGACAAUGCUAUGCUUGUCUUGUAUGAACUUGAAGCUCCAAGUGAUUGUACUACUUCGAAAUUUGUUGGGAUUGGCGAGUCUUGUUUUGAAAAUCUUCCAUGUGGUUCAUCCAAAAUCAAGGCUGCUCUAGAGAUCUUGCAAUCGUUGAGCAGGCCACAGAGUCCAACGACAGUAAAGAAUGAUUUGAAUCAAAGCUCUCAAAAUGGAGAGAAUCUGCAUCUUAACGUGUCAUCCAGUUUUCCUGCAACUCCAGUUAAGAGUAGCGUAGAUAGUCUGGUUAAGGUAGUUGGAGGAAAAGCCAUUGUGUUUUCCCAAUGGACAAAGAUGCUGGACCUUCUCGAAGCUGGUCUUAAGAGUUCGUGUAUUCAGUAUAGAAGGUUUGAUGGAAAAAUGUCAGUAGCAGCUAGAGAUGAAGCUAUACAAGAUUUUAACACUCUUCCUGAGGUUUCUGUAAUAUUAAUGUCUCUGAAAGCUGCUAGUCUUGGGCUAAACAUGGUUGCAGCUAGUCAUGUUCUCAUGCUGGACUUAUGGUGGAACCCAACCACUGAAGAUCAAGCAAUUGACAGAGCACAUCGUAUUGGACAAACACGACCAGUAAGCGUGGUGCGGUUCACAGUAAAAGACACGGUUGAAGAUCGAAUAUUGGCCCUCCAGCAAAAGAAGAGAAUGAUGGUGGCCUCUGCAUUUGGAGAGGAUGAAAAGGGUGGUCGUCAGUCGCAUCUCUCUGAAGAAGACUUGAACUAUCUGUUCAUGGCAUGA